CUUCUUCUUCCAUCUUUGAUCUCGCGCGUGUACGUCUCAUCUCGCAAAGUCGCAAGGUGUAGAGGUUCUGAUUCCCAUCUAACCAUGGCAACCAACGCGACCACCAACCCGCGCUUCACCGCGCCAUUCGACGUCGGGAGCAGCGACAAGUACAGCAGCUUCAUCGCCGGCAUCCGCAGCAGGCUCGCCAACCCGAAGCACUUCUCCCACAACCGCCCCGUGCUGCCGCCGGUGGAGGAUCCCAAACUCCCGCCGCGCCGGUGGUUCCACGUCCAGCUCAGGACGCCGACGAGCACGCUCACGCUCGCCAUCCGCGCCGACAACCUCUACCUGGAGGGCUUCCGCAGCCGCGACGGCACGUGGUGGGAGCUCACCCGCGGCCUCAUCCCCGGCGCCACCUACGUGGGGUUCGGAGGCACCUACCGCGACCUCCUCGGCGACACGGACAAGCUUGUCGGCGUCCUUCUUGGCCCGCAGCAGAUGACCGAGGCCGUCAACGCGCUCGCCGCGCGCACCAGGGCCGACCUCGGCUCCGGCGCGAAGCAGCAGCAGGCGAGGGAGGCCGUGGUGGCGCUGCUCCUCAUGGUGAACGAGGCCACCCGGUUCCAGACCGUGUCGGCGUUCGUGGCCGGCCUGAUGCACCCGAAGGCGGCGAAGAAGAGCGGGACGAUCACCAAUGAGAUGAAGGCGCAGGUGAACGGGUGGCAGGACCUCUCCGAGGCGCUGCUCAAGACGGAUCGAUAUGAAGUAGACAAGAAUGAAGGCAAAGGGAAAGGCAAGGAGAAAUCAACUGUAGAAAAGAAUGGCCGAGAAAAGUCACCACCGAUUCGCCCGGAAGCGUUCAAGGCGUUUGAUAAGAUGGGUGUGAAGACGGCGGACAAGGCCGCCGAGACGGUGGGGAUCCUGCUGUUCGUCCAGGUGCCGGGCGGGAUGGACGAGACCAAGGCGCUGCAGAUGUUCCGCGCCAGUGUCAACUACUAGCUCGAUCGCCUGGUGUAGCUUGGAGUAUGUACAUAGUUGUCCUCUUGAUGAUACAUACGUACCGCCUGAAAAUAAGUAUGUUUGGGACUACUUUAACGGUAAAUAAAGAAGUGAGCAGAUUCCACUUUUUAGUCUCUGUAUUUGUAGGAGUACUAUCUUUGUUCAUAAAAACAUGUCUUAAAUUCAGAUGUAUCUAUAGUUCCAUACAAUAUAUCGACCGGUACCAUUUAUUUUCUCAA